CCAAAGUUUGACCGCUUCUCCUACUCUGUCAAUGUGGACGAAAACGUAACGGGCAUUCCGCUGAUCCAAGUGCUGGCGCUGGACCCGGAUCCGGGCAAAGCCGGGAAAGUUAUUUAUAGGAUUGUGAAGUCUUCGCAUUCAAACGCCUUCCGUAUCGACAAAAACACGGGACGAAUCACAUUGGAGUCGGCGCUCGACUACGAGACCAACAAAUACCAUGAGAUCGUUGUGGAGGCCAGGGAUGAGGCCAAGGAGUCUCAGUUUGCUACUACUGUCGUACAGGUUCACGUCAAUGAUAUCAACGACAAUUCGCCGGAAAUACUGUCAAUGCCUCGCAUUCUUCGAGUUCCUCAGUCUGUGUCGCCAAACAGUGAAGUCAUAUAUACUGUCCAAUCCAUAGACUUAGACAGCGAUCGGAACGGCAAUAAUCAAGUAGUCUAUGCGCUCGAGCCUCAGAGUCACUUCUUCGCCAUCAACGCCAUGACCGGACAGGUGUUCGCCACACAAAAACUCAUACCAAUGACGGAGACGUUGCGAGUGAUCGCCGCCGAUAAGGCCAGCGGUGGCCAUCUGUUCAGUUCCAAAGACUUGCGGAUCGAAGUCUACAAAGACUCCAUCGAAGAGCCCACACCUGUGUUCACUUCAGUGCAAUAUUUCGUGCAAAGCGACACCGCCUUAGAGCCCGGCGCCACUGUACUCACACCGCGGGCUACCGUUCCCAACGGGUCGCCCGUUUGGUACAACAUCUCCAGCGUCAGCGCCGGACAAUUCAACUCCAAAAAGUUCAAUAUAGACCACGACUCCGGACGCAUAUUUACCACCAAUCGACUCGACCCGUCAGACCUUAAGCAAAAUGUCUAUCACUUCAUAGUGUCGGCCCAUAAUAGACGGGAACCGUUGCACUACUCGGAGGCCGGUGUUGUCAUCAGACUCUUAGACAUUAACAUUCGUUGCCCUAAAUUCCCGUUCAGUGAAUACUAUGCGUCCAUUAAGGAGAACUCACCGCCAGAUAUGACUGUUUUGCCGGAUCUACUCAUCGAAGACGUCGACAAAUUCGCCGGACAGCGACUGUCGUAUCAGAUCACUGAAGACAAUUCAAACGACAACUUCUACAUCGAUGUCCGACACGGAGAUAAUAUACCGAUGAAUGUGUCGCUGCGCGUCAAGAAACUCAUUGAUCGCGACUCUAUGGCCAAGUUCUUGCAGGGCAUCCAUACGCUGGCCAUCACUGCCAGCAAUCAGAAGUGUUCGGCCAAUACGAGAGUCAAGAUCUUCGUCGAGGAUGUGAAUGACAACAACCCUGUGUUCAGUCAAAGCGACUUCAUUGUCGAGUUGAAGGAGAACACACCCAUCGGUCAAGUGGUCACCACUUUGGUGGCCACCGAUAAGGAUGAAGUGGACGUCGGAAAGUUGACAUAUCAUGUGAUUGAAGGCAAUGAAGACGAAGUGUUUGAUUUGGAGGAGAAGACAGGCGUCGUGUCGGUGAAGAUAAUCCCCGAUAGGGAGCGAUCGCCGGCUUAUGUGCUGCGAGUGGUGGCCGUCGACGGCGCCAACAACACCGGGUGGGCUAACGUUCACAUCAUAAUCCUGGAUGAGAACGACUGGACCCCCACUUUCCUUAACGAGACAUUCCUGUUGAAUGUGACGGAAGGGCCCACAAGUAUCGGCACGAGAAUGAGACUACCGGUCGUUGACUACGACGACGGCAUCAACAGACAAAUGGAGGUCUAUAUCGUGGACGGAAACUCGAACGGAGAGUUCCGGCUCGACGUCGAUGAGGGCGGACCCCUCCUGACCAUCGUUUCGGAGUUGGAUCGCGAGAAGUAUAACGUGAAAGACUCGGCGCUUCACCUGCUGUUCGUCGCCGCCAAAGACAAGGGAACGCCUCAACGCAUCGGCAAAGCUAUGGUUGCGGUGGUGAUCGAGGACAUCAACGACUCGCCGCCGAAGUUUGAACGCGAUUCCUAUUACCAGUUCAUAUCAGAGGACGCGCCCAUCGGUAUAGUGGUGGCCGAACUCAAGGCCACUGAUGCCGACUCUCCCGCCAACACUAAUCUCGUCUACUCUUUCGCCAGAAAUACUGGAAGUGGUAUGAAAUCAAUGGAUUUUCCCUUUGCGAUCGACCCCCAGACCGGUAUUGUCAACAUUUCGCGACAACUGGACAUCUCUGAGAAUCAACAGUAUGUCAUCACUGUUGAGGCCUUCGAUGGUCUCUGGAAAUCAAUUGUAAGAUAG